ACUUCUUUUCCAUAUCCUUAUUUUGUGGGGGAGAAGCAAAGAUUUAGAGAGAAAGAUGGCUUCCUUUUCCAUUCACUGCCCAUGGAUAUUCACAUUUGGUCUUCUAGGUAACUUCGUUUCUUUUGUGGUUUUCCUCGCUCCAAUCCCAACAUUUUCAAGGAUUUGUAGGAAGAAAAGUACAGAAGGUUUUCAAUCAUUGCCUUAUGUGGUUGCCCUAUUCAGUGCAAUGAUUUGGCUCUACUAUGCAUCACUCAAGUCUGAUGCUCUCCUCCUCAUCACCAUCAACUCAGUCGGUUGUUUCAUAGAGAUAAUUUACAUUGCUCUUUACGUUGCUUAUGCUCCAAAACAAGCUAGGAUUGCCACCUUGAGGAUACUUAUUUUGUUGAACUUUGGGGGAUUUUGUGCGGUUCUUCUUCUCUCCCACUUCUUUGUAAAGGGAUCAAACCGGGUUAAAGUUCUAGGAUGGGUUUGUGUAAUAUUCUCAGUGAGUGUAUUUGCAGCACCUCUGAGCAUUAUGAGAAUUGUGAUACGAACCAGGAGUGUGGAGUUCAUGCCAUUUACAUUAUCGUUUUUUCUCACCCUUAGUGCUAUCAUGUGGCUCUUUUAUGGUGUACUACUGAAGGACUUCUAUAUUGCGAUCCCAAACAUACUGGGCUUUAUCUUUGGGGUGCUUCAGAUGGUACUCUAUGUAAUUUACAAGAACUCCAAGACAGCAGUGCCUAUGGAGCCUACGCUACCUCAAAACAGCAAUGAUAUUGCCAAACUGAGCUCAAUUUCUUGUGAGAUGAAACCAGCUGUUUGCCCCCAGUCGAACGAGGAAGAUGAUCAUACCGAGAAUAGCAAGGAUCCUUCCAACCAAGAGAAACCUAAUCAAUGUGAAGUUUGAUUUGAGGAUCUUGCUAGCUAGUACCUAACUUGUCUCGUAAUGCACGUGGACUGUUGUACCUGUACCUAAUUCUCUCUCUAUUCUUGUAAAAUUUGUGA